GGUUCGGAUUGGCUACAUAGUGUACCAAUAGAAAGCUCAUAUGCGGAAACAAUGGUAGAGAAAAGUCGUGUGACGCUAUUUUUGGUGCUACCAGCUUAGAUUUCUAUUUUCGUCUUCUUCAGGGGCUGGACAUACCAAGUUGCUUGCGAGGACUAAUUAUUUCUCCCUCACUUGUAGCCUACUGACGAAUCUCAUCCUUGGCCACUGGUCUCUUUCCCUGUAUGUUACUCGACAGUCAUUUCACAAAUAGGCUUCACGGGAGUAGUAACAGACGACAUUGGCUUUUUGGAGGAAUAUUUAUAAUGUGGAUUUAGAACCUGUUGCGUUGUUGUGACAUUCUUACAAGAUGGAAUCACGGCGUCGGGACCUACGGUAGACAAAGCCCGACGGGACAGCUUUUUGUCAAGAGUGUCAGAGUCCUCGGUGUCGGCGCCCCUGGGGUCAGUCCCCAUGGACCUGCGUGUGACGGAGCGUGUGAUGCGGCCGGGUUCGGACACAGCCCUGCUGACCCCCCUGCACCCCCCGCUGCUGCUCAGCCCCUUCUCCCCCCAGCCCUGCACCCCUUUCUCGCAGCAGCAGCUGCACCAGCACAUACGGUUCAACAUGGAACAACGGAGACGUGAGCAGGAGCAGGAGAAACAGCAAGAGCUGCAGCAGCUGUGGCGCAAGGACAAGAGCCAACAGAGUGCUGUGGCCAGUUCCCUGGUGAAGCAGAAACUCCAGGAGGUGAUUCUGAAGAAGCAGAAACAACAAGCCCUGGGAAGAACCAGCUCCAACCCUCUCAGUGGUCCCCCUGUGGGCUACAGGGAGCUGGCUCCAGACCCCAGUGGGCCGCCCCAGCCUCUAGUGUCCUCCCCCGCACAGGGUUCCAGCGACGGCUCAGAUGACACUCCUCUACGCAGGGCAGCCUCAGAGCCCAACCUGAAGGUGAAACACAAGCUGAAGAAACACCUGAACACUCGUAAGAGUCCUCUGACACGCAAGGACAGUGCCCCGUCCCCCAUCAAACACCGGGUGCCCGACACUCUGGACUCGUCCCCCAGCAGCAGUAGCACACCAGUGUCUGGCUGCAGCUCGCCUAACGACAGUCUACCCAAUGAGAACGGAGUGCUGCAAUCUGUUGGCGGGCUGUCCCAUGAGGUUAUUAUCCGAUUGGCCCAGAGACUGCUGCUCCAGGAUGGGUCUCUAGCCCACUUCACCAUCCAGAGUUCCUCAGUCCUACCCACCAUCACCCUGGGCCUGCCAGCCAAUGCCAGGAGUGAUGGAGACUUGUCCCCUCUGAAGGUGGGUCGGGUGCCUAUGGUGACGGGAGGCCAGUCUGUCUACCUUCCCCUGGGGACGGAGGAGCAGAGUGGGUUGCUGUCCCCUCACUUCCAGCCUGUCCUCAUCCUGGAGCCCUCCGGACUGGUGCACACCCCGAUGCUCGCUGUUCCAGGCCUGGGCCCUGUUCCUCUGCAGUUUUCUCCCCAGACGGAUCAUCUGGCCCCAGAAGGGGGCCCUCACAAGCCUCUGAGCCGGACUCGCUCAGAGCCCCUGCCCCAGAGCCCCAGAUCCCUUCACCCUCAUCUGCUGCAGCAGCACCACAACAGCCAACUAUUGGAGAGACUUAAACAGCAGACACAUCUGGGAAAGCUGAUGUCUAAGACCAGUGAGAAGCCUCGUCUCAAACAGAUCCCCUCAGAGGACAUGGACUCUGAGGAGGUGGGGCCAGCGCCCAGCGAUAUCUAUCAGGGCAGAGCAAGGGCAGAGUCACUGAGGGAGGCGGAGCUCGUGUCUGUGGCAGACAGCCAGGGAGGACAGAUCAACCUGCAACACACACUCAUACUCAACCAGUCGUUGCUAUGGGAGAAACAGAAACAGCUGCAGCAGCUGCGUCGCCAGACAGCCCACAUGGAGACACUGGCGGUACCCAUUAUGCUUGGCGGUGCCCACCGCCCCCUCUCCCGUACCCAGUCCUCGCCAGCCUCCACAUCCCUCACGUUGCCAGACAAACCCCUACCCCUGUCCACCCCAGAACCACAGAGCAAACCACGCUUCACCACCGGUCUGGUUUAUGACUCUCAGAUGCUGAAGCACCAGUGCACAUGUGGUGACAACAGCAGCCACCCAGAGCAUGCUGGGAGGAUCCAGAGUAUCUGGUCACGUCUCCAGGAGAGAGGUCUCAGGGGCCAGUGUGAGACUAUCCGAGGUAGGAAGGCCACUCUGGAGGAGCUGCAGUCGGUCCAUUCAGAGCGUCAUGUCCUUCUGUAUGGCACCAACCCUCUCAACCGCCUCAAACUGGACAACCGCAAGCUGUCCGGCAUUCUCUCUCAAAGGAUGUUUGUGAUGCUGCCAUGUGGAGGAGUAGGGGUGGAUAAUGACACAAUCUGGAACGAGUCUCAUACAUCCACGGCGUCGCGCAUGGCUGCAGGCAGCGUCACAGAGCUGGCCUUCAGAGUGGCCAAAGGAGAACUCAAGAAUGGCUUUGCAGUGGUGAGACCCCCAGGCCACCAUGCUGACCCCUCCAACCCAAUGGGUUUCUGCUAUUUCAACUCAGUGGCCAUUGCAGCCAAACAGCUGCAACAGAAACUGAGUGCCAACAAGAUCCUCAUCGUUGACUGGGAUGUUCACCAUGGUAAUGGGACCCAGGAAGUGUUUUACAAUGAUCCCAGUGUGCUGUAUAUCUCACUUCAUCGCUAUGACGAUGGCAACUUCUUCCCUGGCAGCGGCGGGCCGGCUGAGGUGGGAUCUGGUGCUGGAGAGGGCUUCAAUGUUAAUGUGGCCUGGACUGGAGGUCUGGACCCCCCUAUGAGUGAUGCUGAGUACAUCACUGCUUUUAGGACUGUGGUGAUGCCCAUAGCUCAGGAGUUCUCCCCUGACGUGGUCCUGGUCUCCUCGGGGUUCGAUGCAGCAGAGGGACACCCUGCACCUCUAGGGGGUUACAAGGUCACCUCCAAAUGUUUUGGGUUUCUUACCCGGCAGCUGAUGGGACUGGCUGGAGGCCGGGUAAUCAUGGCUCUGGAGGGAGGUCACGACCUCACGGCCAUCUGUGACGCCUCUGAGGCCUGCGUCAGCGCUCUGCUGGGUAUUGAGGAGCCUCUGUCAGAGGAGGUGCUGCUGCAGAAGCCCAAUGCUAACAGUGUUCGCUCACUACUGAGAGUCAUACAGAUACAUGGUCAGUAUUGGCAGUCCCUGAAGCUGUUCAGUAGCUCUGUGGGACUGUCCUACCUGGGUGCUCAGAGGAGAGACUGUGAGGAGACUGAUGCUGUCAAUGCUCUGGCCUCUCUGUCUGUGGGGGUCCUGACCAGCAGGAGCCACCCAGACGAGCCUAUGGAGCAAGAUGAGGACUCCAUGUAGAAGAUGCUGACCUUUAACCUCACAGACCUCUCCUUCAGGACAUCCCAAUAGCCUCGGAGAUCCUUCCCUGUCACACGACGAGGGGGAGGAGUGUAGAUUGUGGAUCUCUGCCUUAACCAAUGAGGCCCUAAAAUCACACAGUGCCUCAAAGACCACCGUCCAUUCUCCUCAGACUAUAUGCAGCGCACCUUAACACAGUGGAACUAAUGUAGCCUUCUGACACCACACCAAAGCCCUGUCAGUGUAUAUGUGAGAUAAAAUAUAUUCUCAUACAACUGAUUAUUAAACUAACUCUGUCCAUGGUCAGCAAUACAGAAUCAUUUAUAUUGUGUGUAUUCAGAAGGAUACCAGCCUGAUGCCGUGAUAUUGACCACUUUUUGGCCGUUUAAAUUUAUUUUUAUUUUUUUAUGUACAGACAUAAUAGGUCUUACUGAGGCACUUACAGUAAAGCAAUACUAGCACCAGGUCUGUGGGUGUCUCUUGUUGUGUCAGUGAGCAGAGCAGACACCAGUCAGUGGCUCUGAGGAUGGCCCUGGAGAGAGACCGAGACCGGCCAGCACCUGGCAACUGCUGAAUGGUUCAGUCAAUCCUUGAUGAUGUCAUUAAUAUUCAGUUUAACCACUAAAGAAGAAAAUGAAGAUGUGGUUUUAUCUGUUUUGCACUGUGCAUUCCGUAAUGUGAACUGUUGAAAAUUCCAAACGUCGAGGGGAGGGGGGGGGGGGCUCUAGAUUAUUUAAUUAUCUGUUAAUUUUUGAGGAUUGGAAGAUAUUUUUCUCCUCUGAAAUCCACUCACAUUCUAAGAAGGCUCAUGCAUGUAUACACAAAUUAGUAUUUCUAAGUGCAUUUGCAAAAACUUCCUGUUUGUCCUGAUUGUAUUCUGAUUAUUCCACUACUGUUCUUAAACAUGUCUUUAUACAUUGUUCACAUGGACACAUGUAUUUAUACAUUGUUUGCAUAGACACACACACACACACACAGUCAGAAAUGCAUUUCCCUUUAUGUCUUACUGACAUGAUGAGGACCAAACUGAAAUAAAUAAACCAAUUUAUCUUAUGAAGAGCUGAAGACCUACCACUGUUUGGGAGGAAAUACAAAAUGUAUGUUCAUUCCUACGGUAGUUACCAUUGAGGGCUAUUAGUAGUUUUAUUAUGCUAGUCAAAUGCUCUAAUGCACUUAAUGGACAUCUCCCAAAGAAAACUGUCUUAAAUAUGUCUGCAGUGUGACCGUAUUACUGCAGUUGGACCAGUGAGGUUACUGUGUUAAGUUGAUGUUUGUUUUUUCAGGACCACCAUUUUGACCUGUAGACAUGCCUAUUUUAUUGUGUACAUUAAUUUCACAGUUCAGUUGCCUUGUUAUUAUCCACAAGCAGUUAUAUCAAGUAGAGCUCAAUACGGUUGGUUAUAUCAAGUAGAGCUGAAUACGGUUGGUUAUAUCAAGUAGAGCUCAAUACGGUUGGUUAUAUCAAGUAGAGCUCAAUACGGUUGGUUAUAUCAAGUAGAGCUCAAUACGGUUGGUUAUAUCAAGUAGAGCUCAAUACGGUUGGUUAUAUCAAGUAGAGCUCAAUACGGUUGGUUAUAUCAAGUAGAGCUCAAUACGGUUGGUUAUAUCAAGUAGAGCUCAAUACGGUUGGUUAUAUCAAGUAGAGCUCAAUACGGUUGGUUAUAUCAAGUAGAGCUCAAUACGGUUGGUUAUAUCAAGUAGAGCUGAAUACGGUUGGUUAUAUCAAGUAGAGCUCAAUACGGUUGGUUAUAUCAAGUAGAGCUCAAUACGAUUGGUUAUAUCAAGUAGAGCUGAAUACGGUUGGUUUGGUGUGUUAUUCUAUGUGAAAACCUUCUUUAUGGACCAUCCAACAGACUAUUACUGUUAGCACUAUGGAGAUGUAGCUUUAUGAUGGUGUAUACUUCUCCUAUAGACCUUGUGGAGAGAGUCCAUCUCCACUCGAAUGUAUGAUACAGUACUUGACAUCAUGCUGAUUAUUCAUUUUCAGAUGUACUGUACCUAUACACAUCCAUGCUAAGCCUGCUCCAAACUGAAACUAGUUUGUGAGAAUUCCUCAAGCCUAUUUUGUGUGUUCAUGAAAUGACAUCCAAUGUAGAUAGUUUUUGUUGUGAGUUGAAAUGUUUACCACAUUCCACUUUCCACAGUUCCAUUUUCUACAUUCAUUCUAGAUGCUAUGUAGUUUGUCUUAAUGGGCAUUUCAUCUAGAUUGCGCUCAUUGUUGGAAGCUAUUCGGUGAAUGAAAAGAAACUGUCCACCAUCAAAUUCAGAAGACAUAUUUAUAAAAUGUGUUUUCACAAGAUUCACAAUAUUAUUUUGUAUAUGACCCCAUACCUCUGGAGUGUGGCUAAAUGUUUAAAUGUAUCAUACGCUCUCUAUUACUGUGUAUUAUUGUGUUUUCCAUAUUGAAGAAGUCAUGUUCUUUUUUUAUAGAAAAUCGAAGAGAGAGAGAGAGAGAGAGAGAGCAUCCACUUCUGUCUAAAACAAUAUUUACAAGGCACCUUUUGAAAGGAACAUGCUCUCUGUGCUGGUGUUCCGACUGGUGAUACACAUCAAUGUUGUCUUAACUAGACAUUCUUCUCUAACCUCAGCUGCAUCCUCACCCCUAGUUGGCAUUGAGAGAGAGAGAAUGGUAACCAUGCUAACAAGUCUUUUAACUCUUUCCUCUUAUACUCUGUACCAACCACUGUGGAUAGCUAUGUGUGUCUAGGAGACCAUGUAUGUGCAAGAAGGUAAUAACUAUUGCCAGUUUUCAUUGUUCAUUAUUCUUUGUAUUAGCUAUAUGUUUUGUUUUCAAGACUCUGGGCAAUGUUUGCCCAUAAGGUCGCCUCAAAGACUUGUAUAAAAUUAAAUAGAAUCAGCCACCAUCAUUCAAACGCUCGUAGAACUGACAGUGACUGUGUUGUGUCUGUCUCGUAGAACUGACAGUGACUGUGUUGUGUCUGUCUCGUAGAACUGACAGUGACUGUGUUGUCUGUCUUGUAGAACUGACAGUGACUGUGUUGUGUCUGUCUCAUAGAACUGACAUUGACUGUGUUGUGUCUGUCUCGUAGAACUGACAGUGACUGUGUUGUGUCUGUCUCGUAGAACUGACAGUGACUGUGUUGUGUCUGUCUCGUAGAACUGACAGUGACUGUGUUGUCUGUCUCGUAGAACUGACAGUGACUGUGUUGUCUGUCUCGUAGAACUGACAGUGACUGUUGUCUGUCUCGUAGAACUGACAGUGACUGUGUUGUCUGUCUCGUAGAACUGACAGUGACUGUGUUGUCUGUCUCGUAGAACUGACAGUGACUGUGUUGUGACUGUCUCGUAGAACUGACAGUGACUGUGUUGUGUCUGUCUCGUAGAACUGACAGUGACUGUGUUGUGUCUGUCUCGUAGAACUGACAGUGACUGUGUUGUCUGUCUUGUAGAACUGACAGUGACUGUGUUGUGUCUGUCUCAUAGAACUGACAUUGACUGUGUUGUGUCUGUCUCGUAGAACUGACAGUGACUGUGUUGUGUCUGUCUCGUAGAACUGACAGUGACUGUGUUGUGUCUGUCUCGUAGAACUGACAGUGACUGUGUUGUCUGUCUCGUAGAACUGACAGUGACUGUGUUGUCUGUCUCGUAGAACUGACAGUGACUGUUGUCUGUCUCGUAGAACUGACAGUGACUGUGUUGUCUGUCUCGUAGAACUGACAGUGACUGUGUUGUCUGUCUCGUAGAACUGACAGUGACUGUGUUGUGACUGUCUCGUAGAACUGACAGUGACUGUGUUGUGUCUGUCUCGUAGAACUGGCAGUGACUGUGUUGUGUCUGUCUCGUAGAACUGACAGUGACUGUUGUCUGUCUCUUAGAACUGACAGUGACUGUGUUGUUUCUGUCUCGUAGAACUGACAGUGACUGUUGUCUGUCUCUUAGAACUGACAG